UUGGCUGUCUUUACAUGGGGAGUGGAGUUGGACAAGCUGCCUGAAAAACCAAAUCAGUUAAUGGACAUGAAGCAAUUCGAAGAUAACAAGUAAAUUAACGCGGUAGGAUUUAUCUGUCUACGUGAACGCAAAGUGUUGAAUUUGCCAAAUUGCUCGCCAUUUCCCCCUGAAGUGGUUCUCGACCAACUCGACUCCAAUGGAUCCCCAGACCGCUUGGAUGCAGCCGGAACAGAAGGGACCUGCCAAUUCCCCGUGGGUGCACAUUUGGGAAUCCUCUCAGGGAUUUGGAGCUAACUCCGGCAUCGACAACCACCUUCACCACCAACGCAACUUUGCAUCAUUAAAUGCAAACUCCACGGAGGCUAACGGUGAGUAUCGCAAGAAUGUAGCACUGCCGGGGUGUGUGUUUGGGAAACUGUCGAAGCGAGACAGCGGCGGCGUAGAGAGAGGAAAUGUCCGGAGGACGGGCUCGUUGUCGCCGUCCUCCUCCUCACUGGACUCGGAGGCCGAAAGCUCCUCGCCUUCCGGCUCCUCGCUGCAAAUCGAUAAUUUGAACGAAGAGGCCAGUCGGUUUUUACACUACGGUGAGCACGAGUUGAACGAGAACAAUCUCAGACGGCAACAGCAGCCCCCUCCGCCUUUUCACACUGUCCAGCAACACUGUCGCAGCAUGCAACAAUCUGGCGGCCACACCCCCACCGGGAUGAAAAAUCAGCAUGGGAACAAGCACCACCACUAUCAGUCACAGUCAUCCGGCCGCAGGAGGCACCUGAACAGGGCCAACACUUUCCACGGUAUCAACCCGCUCCUGUCCUACGCCUGCAAUGGACACCAUGUAGACUCUUCCUUCUGCCUGUGGAAAACCAGGCGCUACAGCCCGGGUAUAAACGGUCUUCAUGAAGAAAUUGUGGACUUUUUCAACUUCAUGUCGCCACGACCAGAGGAGGAAGCCAUGAGAAGAGAUGUUGUGAACAGAAUAGAAGGUGUCAUCAUGGACUUGUGGCCCACAGCACGGGUGGAGAUAUUUGGCAGCUUCAGCACAGGACUUUAUCUUCCAACAAGUGACAUUGACCUGGUGGUGUUUGGAAAGUGGGACCAUCCUCCACUGCAGGAACUGGAACAAGCCCUGAAGAAGCACAAUGUGGCUGGCCUUUAUCCCAUCAAGGUCCUCGACAAAGCUACAGUGCCAAUCAUCAAGCUUACUGACCAUGAAACGGAGAUAAAAGUGGACAUCUGCUUCAAUGUAGAGACUGCAGUUAAAGCAGCACAGUUCAUCAAAAGCUAUCUUAAGAAGUACACCAUUCUGCCGCCUCUGAUCUUUGUCCUGAAGCAGUUCCUACUUCAGAGGGAUCUGAAUGAAGUCUUCACUGGAGGCAUCAGCUCUUACAGCCUUAUACUAAUGGCCAUCAGCUUCCUGCAGUUACACCCUCGAAUCGACACGCGACGUGCCAACAUCAACCUGGGCAUCCUGCUGAUCGAGUUCUUCGAGCUGUAUGGCCAUAACUUCAACUACAUAAAGACCGGCAUCAGGGUGAAGAAUGAUGGAUCUUACGUGUCCAAGGAGGAAAUGCUCAAAGCCAUGGGGAGUGGAAACAGGCCAUCCAUGCUCUGCAUAGAAGACCCAAUACAGCCAGGGAAUGACGUGGGCAGGAGUUCAUACGGUGUCCUGCAAGUCAAACAGGUGUUUGACUUUGCCUACAUGGUGCUGAGUCAUGGAGUAUCUCCUCUUGCACGCGCUUACCCCAACAAGGAAUACGACAGCACUUUAGGACGCAUCCUCAAAGUCAGCCCAGAGGUGUUGGCCUACAGGGACUGGACAAUAAAGAAGUGGGCAGCCAAGCAGCAUGUCAAGUUGGAGAACCAUGAUGUAGAGACCUGUGAGCAGGACCUUGCCAGGCUGAUGCUGGUCUCUGUCGAGGAUCAAAGAGACUCUUCCUCCCCCCUCAGCACUGACUCUCCCUCACCUUCGCCAGUGUUCCUCCCCAGCCCUCACCACCACUCCUCAUCGUCCUCAGCAUGCUCGCUCUCCUCAUCCUCCGGAAGUGACAUAGAGUCUGAUUCUCCCCCAAACAGUAAUACUGCAAUCCAACUCCAGUCUCUCACCCUGGCCUCAGUCCAUUCAGUUCUCCAGAUGGCUUCUGACUUGGGGGUAUCACAUCCACCAGGCUUUAUCCACACAGUGCCUCAGGUCCAGAUGUCCUUCCCAGAAAACCUUACCAUCCCCUCACUCUCCAAUUGCCAAUUCUACCAUGAGAAUCCACCUUCGGUCAAUGUUGUGCACCAUCACAUGACACACGCUGCACAAGUCUCCCAGCACACAAACUCCACAAGCCCCCUCCACCAGCUCCACCACCCGCAGAUGGUAGGACAUCAGAGCCACACUUACACCAUGAGAUCCAGCUCCCAUGGCUCCCUUGAUCCACAAAAAGUUGGCUUCAAGCAAAACCAAGGUGGCGUUCUCCAAGGUCAAAAUCAAACUCAAGGUAACUUCAGUCCCCAGCAGCGCUUUGUCCCCCAGGGUCAUAAGACAGCACCAGGUUUCAGGAACCAGCAGCAGUACAACCGUAAUACUUGGAGGAGCAAAAAGAAGGAAAACCUUCCUGCUCUUAACCAGAGCAGAUGAAAGACUUGCUUGUCUGUGAAGGCCUCACAUAACUCAUCAUGAGUUUUGAUGUUGACCAGCUGUGAAGCAUUCACAAUGCACCUGUUUUCUGUUGGAGGCUCUCUAAAAUGCACCAACUUUGUCCUAUAAUUCAAAAGUCAAUUGAAGUUGACUCCAAAGGUGUCAAAAUGAUUGAUCUAUGCUAGCAAUGUGCAUUACUAAGUGAUGCUACAAGUCUCUCACAGGCAAAUGAGGACUGUCAAAGGCCCAAAGUCUUAACUGUGCUCAUUUUGUUACAUCGGCCUGAUGAGGCCCUUCCUCUAAAAUGUGAUGCACACCAGCACAGAAUUUAAGUUGAUCAAGGAAUUACGGAUUCCUAGACUGGGUCUCCUUCCCAGUGUCACUUUUGAGCAGCUAAAGAUUGACUGGAUAGCUAUAGAGUUGAUUAACGUUUUGAGUUUCCAUGCAACUUGAACACCGUUAGGAAACUUGAUGUGCCAUAGUACUGAACUGGUCUUUCUUGAAGUUCUGACUCUUAUUGAGCCUUUUUGAGCAGGUUUUGGGCUCUUGUCUUCUGAAUGCAAACUUGCUUUUGGCUACACUCUUGAUUCAGAGCUCUGACAGCUUGGACUAUCAUCUACCAAUUGUACUCUGGAGCGAAGCACUACCUUUCUACCUAUGCAGCGCAACGCUGACUUGAUGUUUUUGGUGUGACAGUACAAAACGGACCUUGUAUCAAGUGCUUAAACUGUGAUGACUUAUUUGAAUGUACCAAGUGUUUCCUUUUUGUAUGUUGGUCAUUUGUUCCCUUGUUUUUGUCACCGGGGGCUUUUUUUUUGUUCACAUUGGCACUAUUAUCUUUUUUUAUUUUUGUAAACAUUGACACCUUAUUUUAUGUUUGUUGCGUUCAUGUGCAAUAAUUGCUUUUAUUUAAUUUAUUUCACGUUUUAGUUACAUUUCAGGGGACACCCCCUACCAUAAGUUUGCUUUUUUAUUUUAAGACAACAUUGAUCUGUGCAAUAGAUGGACUAAAGGGCCUUGAAAGAAUGUUUGCGUGUGUGUCUGUAUCUGUGUGUGUGUGUGUGUGCGCGUGUGUGUGCAGCUUUCCAACAGAAGGGGGAGCUAUGGUAAAGCAAAUUGAGAAAUGUGCCAAAAAUGACAUGGUUUACAACUGCAUUAUGAUAACAUGAAAUGUUACCAACUUCCUGCAUUAUCACCACUACUCAUUUCACUUGUUUCAUUAGUUUGAUUUUGGGGUGUACUUCUGCUUAAUGGAAGUAGCACCUUAACAUUGUUUACUUUUGUCAUUUCAAAAAUAGUUGGUGCUAUUUAUUACCAGCAAAGUGCUUUUUUUCUCUGCCUUAUAUCUCCAUUCGAUUCUGUUAAAGCAACAGGUUAACUGCCUUCUUAAAUGACCGAACUUGCCCUUUUUCCUGUAUGUAGCAGCUUUCUGUUCUAUUUGUCUCCAUAAGCACUGCCAGGUUUACUUGGCUUUUAUUUGUACAUCCAGUUUCUAGGUGUAUGCUCCAGUAGUAGACUCCUAAUGCAGUCAAUGAUUGUUAACAUUAACAUGUCACAACCUUUUCUUUUAAAUCAAAGUUCAUAAAGAUGGCAAGAGGUCCCUCCAUUUCAGAAAUGUUCCGCUCGUAUUUAAAGUCAGUAUUUAUACGUCUUGUAAGACAAGGUUUUAAGCUACAUAAUUUACACAGCAAUCUGUAAGAGGAAUGGAGCUUGGGGUGUCAUAGAAUCGCUGUUACUAAAGUUUUGGUAGAGCCAUUAACAAAACCGAAAUUGGUGAGGGUCAUGUUUUAAAAGUAGGUGACGAUUAUAACCCCCUGCUCACCAAUCCGAUGGACUCUAUACUGUUGGUAGCAUAACCUCAUCUUGAAUGCUGCUUUUAUUAAACCAUGUAGAGGAUGGUCCAAGGGUUUAUUUGUCAUAUUGCCACAAACCAAAUCCCCAGCUCAAAUGUGUGUAAUUAAGGAUGGGUUGUUAUGUGUAAAUGAUGGACAUAUAGAUGUAUACCUUGUUUUUUUUAAUGUAAGUUUUCUAUUUUUUUAAUAAACAUUUUAAAACUAAA